AUGUUGUUUGGUAUGAAAUUGGCCACGGGCAUUUACGAACCCUGGAAAGAAUAUUAUCUUGAUUAUGAUAAGUUGAAGGAGCUCUUGAAGGAAUCAGAAUUUUCUAAUACAACUGAUAAACAUAAUAGCAACACAUUUUCUGGGAAUUCAAAGUUAGUCUGGUCAGAUGACGAUGAAUCAAGGUUCGUUGAACUUUUGGAUGGAGAAUUAGAGAAAGUUUACUCUUUUCAAGCUGAAAAGUAUAAUAUUUUACUAGACAGAUUGAAUCGAUUAGAAGAUAAGUUGUCGGAUAGCUUAGCAAAAUCUGCAAAAGAUUCAUCAAUUAAUUUCGAAGAAUUUAAGAAUAAUUUAGAGAUUAUAUUAUUAGAGGCAAAUGGACUUGAUAAUUUUACAAGAUUGAACUAUACAGGAUUUAUCAAGAUAGUCAAAAAACAUGAUAAACUGCAUCCACAAUUUGCUUCUGUAAAAUCGUUGUUGGAGGUCAGAUUGAAAAAAUUACCGUUGCAUUCAGAGGAAUACUCCCCCUUGUUAUAUCAGAUUUCUUAUUUGUAUAACAUUAUUAGAAAUUCCACUACUAAUAACAUGAUAUCUAAUAGUAUCUCUUUGAAUUCUCUUUCAAAGUCUGUGAUCAACGAAAAUAAUAUUAGCAAUUCCUUUGUUGACGAAGAAAGUUUUGUUUUCAAAUCGUUAAAAUUCUGGAUCCACAAAGAUAAUUUAAUGGAAGUUAAAACAAGGAUAUUAAGACAUCUACCUGUCCUUUUAUAUGCUGCAGCUCCAACAGAAAACGAUGACAUGACACAUUCUAUGGAGAAUGAUGUUAUAUUAAGCGAUAAUAUCAUGAACACAUCAUCUACUAAAAGUGACUCGACAACAAACUUAGAUAAUAAAAUUUUUGCAAACAGAGGUAGCGGUACAGAUCGUGAAGGCAGUAAGAGAUAUGGCUAUGAUCCUGUCAUUAAUACCUUAUAUUUUGACAACGAAAAUUUCGAAUUGUAUCAUGAUAAAUUAGUAAGAACAAAAGAUGCCCCAACACUGAGAUUAAGAUGGGUUGGUCACCUUUAUGAAAACCCUGAUAUAUUUUUGGAAAAGAGAAUUGUCUCUACUUCGAAACCUGUCAGUGCCGGAGAUGAAAAUAGUAAUUUAAAUGAAAUGAUCGAUUUUAAAGAGUUAAGAAUCAAAUUAAAGGAAAAGUAUAUCAAUGAUUUCAUAUUCAAUGAAGGAUUAAAAUAUAAAGAACAGACUUUGAAAAACUUAGAAAAGAUAAGAGCCAAUCCUGAACUGUUUUCUGAAAAUAAAAAAAACAUCGAUACUUUGCAAAAGUUUAUUGUCGAGAAUGAUUUACAACCUGUACUAAGAACUAGAUACACCCGAACUGCAUUUCAAAUACCUGGUGAUGAUAGAGUCAGAGUAACCAUUGAUUCUGACAUAUUAUAUAUUAGGGAGGAUUCAUUUGAUAAAUCAAGGCCAAUUAGAGAUUCUGAUAGUUGGCAUAGAUUUGAUAUUGACGCAAAUGUUGCGAACCCAAUGAGAUUUUUAAGAAAAGGUGAAUAUACUGAUUUUCCUUUUGCAGUUAUGGAAAUUAAAAUCAGAAGUGAUAAUUUUAAGAAUUUAAGACAAACUCCAACUAUGUCAUCGUCCAUGGUGUCAGGUAAAGGCAGUAAGAAACAUUAUAAAUGGAUUCAUGAAUUAACAAAUUCUCAUUUAGUAAAGGAAGUUCCUAAGUUUUCUAAAUACAGCCAAGGUGUUGCGUCGCUCUUUGGAGAUGAUGAUAAAUUAGAUAUUUUACCAUUUUGGUUACCUUCAUUAGAAAAUGAUAUUAAGAAGGAUCCAAAAGAGGCCUAUGAAGAAGAGAUCAUGAGAGAAGAAAAACAAAAGAAAAUUCAAAAGAAAUUAGAUGAAAUGCGUAAAGCGACAAAUAUGCAUAAUAAAGGUACUAAUAAGAAUGAAGAUAUUCAAGAUACUGCUGCUCAGACUGCUCCCCAGAGCGCAAUAUCUAGUGGUCGAAAUAAUGAGGCAGAUUUAGUUGGAAACGAAUCAUCAGAUGAAGAGGAUGACGAACAAAACAUUAGGAGAGGUACGAAGUCCAAAAAAUAUAAAAAUAGGAAUAAGAAGGAUUUAAAUUUUUUGCAAGUAUUAUCUGGAAGAGAUGCCAAACUCAAUGGUUUUGAUUCAGAAGAUGAAGAAAUCGAAUUACCACCUGGUGUGAUUAAACCAACUUCUCUUAUUAAAAAUGCAGGGCCCAUUAAAGUUGAAGCAAAGGUUUGGCUAGCUAAUGAGAGAACAUUUAAUAGAUGGCUAAAGGUAACAACUCUGUUUAGUAUCUUAACGUUUUCCAUAUAUAACUCUGUUAAAAAAGCGGACUAUCCUCAUGUAGCAGACACAUUAGCAUAUCUAUAUUUUGGUCUAACUCUUUUUUGUGGUGUAUGGUCAUAUAUUAUCUAUAUUAAACGUUUGAAUGUCAUUAAGGAGAGAAGUGGAGAUCAUUUGGAUGCACCAUUGGGUCCUAUUUUGGUUGCUGUGUUUUUAUCACUUACUUUGAUUGUUAAUUUUGUAUUAUCGUUUAGAGCACAAGCAAGAAGACAAUUGAUAGAUGAUUCUUUGAGAGUUACAACUAAUAGUAUCAAUAAUAAUUCAUGGAAAUUGCAAAUAAUCCAGAAUUUUAUAUUCAGAGUUGUGGGAACAGCAGCCAGUUAG